UUACCAAUGAACUCGAAUCCUGAGCACACGGCCUCAACGUUGCCGACAUUGGACGCCUUCUUGCUCACAGAUCUACGGGACGCCAAAGUUCUGGUCCAGUUUGGUGGCCAAGGAAGCGGAUACCUCGGCGAACUCGCGCAACUGGUGAAGUCGUUUGAGACCGUGCGCGACUUGGUCAGCAGGGCUCAAGCAGCAUUGGAACAUAACGUUACUGCAUUGGCCAACGAAGCUUCGUGUAUCCUGCACUCACUCCUAUUGGCCGAUCACGAAUUGAUAGCUCGACUGUCGAAAUCCGCUUUGUCCCGGGCGUGUGUGAGCUACCCGCUGGUGUUUUUGACGCAGUUGGCAUCGUACGUGGCCUACUUGGAGACUGGGGGAUUGACCCAUCAACGCUUUCUUCCCACGAUCCGAGGAGGAACUGGUCACAGCCAAGGCCUCGUAGCUGCAGUGCUUCUAGCAGCCGCCACCACACAAAACGAACUCGUGGAGCUGGGACUUCAGUUCGUGCAACUCAUGCAUUAUCAUGGCGUCCUCGCCCAAGCAGCCUUCGAUGCCGUCAACGACAGAGUGCCCAAAGUUGUCGGCACCGUGGCGACCCCCAUGCUCUUGGUCCGAGGUUGGUCAGAAGCAUUGCUGAGUGGGAUUGUGGCAGAAUUCAAUCUCGAUACAGCACCCCACAACCCCCCGGUCGAAAUUUCUCUAGUGAACGACGCCACCUCGAUCGUCGUUACGGGGGUUCCUACGGCGCUCCAUCGACUGUACGCAACCCUGGAUGGCAAGCAAUCCGUCGCCGUGGCCCCCUUUCAGUUGGAAUUUCUACCCGUGUCCUGUCCAUUUCACAACGACAUGCUCCGUGCUGGGCAGAGCUCGAUUGAAUCGCAUGCGACUGCUCUGGGCCUUUGUGUGCGUGGGAGUGCCGUGCAAUUUCCAGUCAUUGGAACCACCGUCCAAGGCGUGAAUUUCCAAUCGUAUGACGACCGAGACAUCGUUCCAGACUUGAUUCGAAUGCAACUGUCCGAUGCUAUCCACUGGCCAACGGUGUCGACAACCCUUCACUCGUUGGUCGGCCAGUGCAUUGCUUUGGACUUUGGGCCAGGGCGAAGUCUCCCCCUUGAUCUACCGAACCCGUGCAUUCGCGUCAGUGGUAUUCUGCACCAGUCCCCCAGCACCACCACUGCACUGAAGUGCCAGCAAGAGACACAACUCGCCACAGCGUGGGCGGGCUUGUUGAACGUGAACGUAGCCUCCAUUGGCCGAAAGACGUCGUUCUUUACACUCGGAGGCGAUUCCAUCUUAGCCAUCCGAGCUGUUGGUUCAUGUAAAGCCAUCGGUCUUGACGUCACGAUGUCACAAUUUCUGCGCGAUCCGACAGUCAAAGGCGUUGUGCGGGCUGCAAACUCAAGGUUGUCCAGCGCAAGUAUCGCGUGGCCCCGUGUGGUUCUGGGCGAAGCUGUGAUUGCAUCCGUACAGCUCGACAACAAGGACGAUGUUGUCGUGUACCCAAUCACGCCAAUGCAAGCAGGCAUGCUAUUGGCCACGCUGUCCAACGCAAGCGCGUACGUCCUCCAAGUGACGUUCAAACUGACCAGCGCAUCCACCCAAGCGCGUUUGGCGACUGCUUUUGAAACUGUCGUACAGCAAAAUUCACUUCUUCAAACGACGUUUGCGACCUCCGAUGGCGGCAUCGUCCAGCUUGUCCCCCAGCGGCCCCAGGACGCGAUCGUCCGUGACGUGGCAACAGUGUCGUUGGCAGAGUACUUGGCGUCGGACUUUCGUCGGGGAUUCCAUCUCGAGGACAAGUCCUUCAUCCGCCUCGCCUUGAUCAGUCCGCCUGACGAAGCGCUGUGUUACGGAGUCGUGACCGUCCACCACGCUAUCAUCGACGGGUGGUCCAUCAACUCGUUUCUGACGGACAUCAUGGAUGCCAUGGACAACAACCAGUCCGUGGACCUCCGGCCGGCGUUUCAAACGGUGGUGGAGUACAUUGAAGCCCAAGAUAAGGUGGCUACAAAGUGUUUUUGGUCGUCAUAUGUUCAAGGCGUUGUCCCCACUCCCAUCGGAUCUGCCACGCCAAAGUUCAUUCAAGUAGACUCGAGUGAACAAGUUCCCCUCCAGGUUGUCUGCGCUGUGUCCGUAUCCCGCCUCGCUCAAGUCGCUGGUCAACUGGGAGUGACUGCGUCGGACUUGGCCAAGUUCUCGUGGGCCGCCACGCUCCGCAAGUUCACUCGACAACACGACGUUGUGUUUGGCCAAGUGCGAUCGAAUCGAGGCAUUCCUGUCCACGGAGCAGAAAGAAUUCUGGGCCCGUUGUUGAGCACAGUGCCGUGUCGAGUGACGUUUGACGACGAAUUGCCCCUGACGCAACUGUUGCAACGCUGGACUGCCGCGAACCACGCCAUGUCUGCGUAUUCCCACGCCAGCCUCGUGGACAUUGCGAAAUGGACAGAUGGCCAGCCAAUGUUUGACUCGUUGUUUGCGUUUCAGCAGUGGCCUGCACGGCGACCCAACGUGGCUGACGUCGACAUCAUUGAGACGUGGAAACACAAGACCCAAGUGGCCCAGCAUUAUGCGUUCGAAUUGCUCGUGGAACUACCCAGAGCGGACAAGGGCUUGGUUGCGAUGGCCAGUUUCCAGCCAGAUAAACUGUCGUCAGCCCAAGCGAGAGCCAUCUUGCACGAGUUUGACUACACCCUGACCCAACUGUGCAGUUCGGACGCCCCGUCGACCUCAUUGGCCUUGUGGACUUUGUCUGAAGCUCAGACAGCGCUCAUUCGCAGCGCAUCGUUUGGCCCGACGGUGCCGUUGCCGUUUGAGCUGCUGCACCAUGCGUUUGAAGCCAGAGCUGCGAAACACCCCGACGUUCGAGCGGUCGAGUUGGACGGCCAAUGGCUGACCUAUGGGGACUUGAACGCCCACGCGGAUACGGUGGCCAGCCAGUUGGCGGAGCUGGGCGUGUGUGUGGGGAGUCGCGUGGCGGUGCCAUGA